GCCGCGGCCCCGGGCGGGGGCUCGGCGCGGGCCCACGAGAUGCCGGUGUCUGCGGCCCGAGUGGCUGCAGCUGCAGCGGUGGGGGAGGUGGCGGCAGCGGCGGCGGCGGGGCCUGGGAGCGGGGUAUCGUGGGGGGCCGGCGCGUAGCCGGGACUAUGGAAGGGCAGAGCGGCCGCUGCAAGAUCGUGGUGGUGGGAGACGCAGAGUGCGGCAAGACGGCGCUGCUGCAGGUGUUCGCCAAGGACGCCUACCCCGGGAGUUAUGUCCCCACCGUGUUUGAGAACUACACUGCGAGCUUUGAGAUCGACAAGCGCCGCAUUGAGCUCAACAUGUGGGACACUUCAGGUUCCUCUUACUAUGAUAAUGUCCGGCCUCUGGCCUAUCCUGACUCUGAUGCUGUGCUCAUCUGCUUUGACAUUAGCCGACCAGAAACACUGGACAGUGUCCUCAAGAAGUGGCAAGGGGAGACUCAGGAGUUUUGCCCCAAUGCCAAGGUUGUCCUGGUUGGCUGUAAACUGGACAUGAGGACUGACCUGGCCACACUGAGGGAGCUGUCCAAGCAGAGACUUAUCCCUGUGACACAUGAGCAGGGGACUGUGCUGGCCAAGCAGGUGGGGGCUGUAUCCUAUGUUGAGUGCUCCUCUCGGUCCUCUGAGCGCAGUGUCAGGGAUGUCUUCCAUGUGGCCACAGUGGCCUCCCUUGGCCGAGGCCAUAGGCAGCUUCGCCGCACUGACUCACGCCGGGGACUGCAGCGAUCCACUCAGCUGUCAGGACGGCUAGACCAGGGGAACGAGGACGAGAUACACAAGGAUCGAGCCAAGAGUUGCAACCUCAUGUGAGGGGUCAGGGUGGGGCAGAGUGUGAGAAGGGGUGGUGAAGGCACAGUUGCGCUCCUGCGUGCACCCAGGCUUCCUGACCACUUGAUCCUGGCUGGGAGGUCAGCACAAGCCAUUCUCCUGGGCAGGGGCACCAGAGGGCUGAAGGGUGUCAGCAUCCCUCACUUCCUCAUCCUCUUCAUCCCCCUUAUCUCUCCAAUGGAACUUAUAGGGGCUGAAUCUGGGGCAUGUACUGGGAUGGGCAGGUGUGGGUUAAGGAAGCUGGCAUCAAACAGUGACCUUGGUUAAGUGUCCCAUAUGAAAGGUACCUUCCCUUCUCACCCAUAGGUCCCCAUAUCCUGGUGCUGGCUUCCAUCCCUAAGGAAAGUAUCCAUUCUUUGAUCUUCUCUCUUCCUUCCCUACAGCUAUUCUCACACAUCCUAGCCUCCAUGCAACAUGCAUUAAAUUAAAAAGCAAGAAGCCUGUUCCCCCCAUCAACCCACAAGCCCUAGUUCUUCCCCUUCCCCGGUAGUCCCCAAUAAAACACAUGUCCUUGGA